AUGUGGCAAAAUGGGACGAGACUCAACCAGUACCUGUUCGCGACGAUAAUAACGAUCCCGCUGUUGAGCUUCGGGAUGGUCCAGGGGUGGCUGUCGCCGAUGCUAUCGGUGCUGCAGUCCCCGGGGGGACCCUCGCCGGAGCCCUUCACCAGCACCGACAUAUCCUGGGUGACGUCCGUCACGUACAUAACCGCCAUCAUCUUCGGCGCCCCCAUGGGCUAUCUGACGGACCGAUACGGGAGGAAGAUCAUGACUUUGAUCACAACCCUGUCACUUAUCGCCUACUGGCAAAUCAAGCUGUUCAGUCUCGAACCCUGGGCGGUGAUAUUGGCCCGAGGCAUAGCCGGCAUUCCCUGCUCGGCAUGCUACAUCGUCCUGCCAAUCUAUUUGAAGGAGAUCAGCGACAUAGACCUCCGAGGGGCUCUCGGAUCGCUCCUUAUAUUGAACAGGAACAUUGGCUACCUGGCGAGCUAUGUGGGCGCAGAUUUGCUGGACGCGACCACGAUGCUCUGGAUAGGUCUUUCCGUGCCGACGGUGGUGUUCUUCGUGUUCCUGCUGAUGCCCGAAACGCCCGAGUUCUUAGUCAAACAAGGCAAGAUCGAUGAAGCGAAGACUGUACUCGCAUGGCUCCGUGGCGUCAGCACCAUAGACUGUUCUUUGGAAGAGGACAUAGACCGUAUCGUGAAGGCAGAAAAACGCACCCAAGCUGACUCAAAAUCUGUCUGGAACAUUAUAAUUCACGACCGUCCCACGCUGAAAGCGUUCAUCAUCACCUUAGUCAUCAAAAUAACGCAGCAGUUCGAUGGCUACCUGAUAGUACUGAUAUAUGCCGGCUUCGUCUUCGAGAGGGCCGCUGACUACAUCAGCCUCAAACUGAGCCCAAACAAGCAGAUCAUGAUGAUAGGAGUGGUACAAUUGCUGGGCUCCAUCGUUGCUACGUGCAUUGUUGAGAAAACUGGGCGAAAGCUUCUGUUGAUCACCACGUCACUGGCAAUGGGCGUGGGCAUGCUCACGCUGUCGGCGUGGUUCUACGUCACGUCGGAGGGCACCUGGCUGCCCGGCUGGCUGCCGGUGCUGGCCAUGUGCGUGUGCAUCUUCGCGGACGCCGCCGGCUUCCAGCCGAUAUCCUACAUCAUCAUCACGGACCUGUUCACGUUCCAGCUGCGGGGAACGGUAUCGUCUUUCGCGAACAUCUGCGCGAAGCUGAGCAACUUCGUCCAGAUGAAGUGGUUCAAGAGCCUGAGCGAGAUGGUCGGCAUCCAUUGGACGCUGCUGUUCUUCGCUGUGGUCUGCUUCGCGGCGUCCUUCUACACCGUGAUAUUCUUCCCGGAGACGAGGAACAAGACCGUGGACGAGAUAUACUCCAAGCUGUCGCGGACUAAGGGCAAAGAGAUAAGGGAGGAGGACGCGAAGUCCGGACCU